AUGCACCAACAGCUACACCAUCACCAUCAAAGUGGCUUCAGAUCCGGUAGUCCAGAUGAUUUAUCUAGCCAGAGCCAAUGUACUUCAAAAGCAAUGAAAGAACUGUCCCCGUUUUGCAGCAGCGCUGUAGAAGUUACCAAGGAGCCCCACAAGGAGAUAUUCUCGUGCCACUUGUGUGCUUUUGAUGCGGACCGAAUAACAGUCCUUGACCGACACCUCUUGAACGAUCAUAAGAUAGAAUUAGAGAGCCUCCUAAAACUGGUUAUGGCUAAAACAAAAGACGGCCUAGCAGAAGCGAAUCAUGCGCAGAUUUACGGAAUACGCCAGCCGUACUACAGGCCGCCGGACGACAUUAUAGAGAACGGAGAGUUCAUAAUAGAAACUGUGACGCCAAAGAUUAAAAUAUUGAAACACAGCGCCGUCAACACAGAUUUGAAAUUUACAGAUAUACCUGACUUUGAUGAUUGCAAAGACAUCUCGCGCGAGCUGGAGAAAAUAUUCGAGGAGCCACUAGAGAAGAACGACAAGGAUACGCUUUUCUCGAAAAUGCAAUCUCUGAACAAGUAUAUGUGUAAAUUCGUGGACUCGUCUAACACUUUGAAGCGGGUCCUGACGAAAGAGUUUGUUCAGAAAAAGAAUAUGGACCGGAACAACGAACCUUAUUUUGACGUAGGCUUGGGAGAUCCAGACACCCCACGCGUUUGGGAACGAGCUCACAGUGAAAGACUAGAGAGACAUCGCAGCAAAAAUGAUACUAGGAGCGACAAGUUAAAGCACUCUUCUGAUAGUUUUUACUUUUAA